AUGGCGCAAACAGCAAAGGCACCGCCUCACAUGAGUGAGUACACAAAUGGUCAACAUUUUUCCCAACACAUCUUCUCAGUGUUGAUCUUGCUGGGAAUGCUAUUGGCAGUGCAGAGUCAGCAUGAAAAUUGUAAAGAUGGAUGGGUCGAGUUGACAAAUGACCAGUUUGGUCAUAGUCCCUAUCACGGACCAAGAGAUUUGUACAUUUUGCCUAACAGGCCAUCAGCAAGCCUUCCCACUUUGACAUGUAGAAUCGUGUGUGGCACCAUCCGUUCAACUGGGCCUAUUGACCCACCCCUGUCAACAGCUUUCUGGUACUUCAACAACGCACCUGUUCAAGACAAUCCCUUAUUCAGGAUUGAACGGUAUUAUGAGGAUCGUCGGCAAACAUCACUGAACAAGGAUCUAAUCUACACCAGACAGAUGCACUGGCCAACAACUAUCACUCAGUCAAUGAUAGGAGCGUAUGAAUGCAGCUUUCGACAUCAGGGAGUACUUUCUCAGAGGAACAUUAUCACUUUACAUGUUGCCAAUGUUCCAUACAUUACAUUCAGCAGUGGAUCCAUGACUAUCGUGUCCACAUCAUGGCAGGUCGGAUCAAUUGCCUUGGUGUGCAGAGCAAAUGGCACGGGACCAUUGAAUAUGACAUGGACUAAGAAUGGAAGAAUACUACCAGCAUAUAAUGGUGCAAAUGGUUGGACACGCAAGCUUGGUGAUUACCUAACUGUGGACGACUCAGGGAUGUAUACUUGCACAGUAUCGUCGCCCUUUGGAAUUGCUUUAAAACAACUGACCAUCCUAGUACAAGAUAUUCCCAGGUUUCUUAUUGCCCCUAGACCGGCACGCAUUGUCCAGAAUUCACUAAGAGCAACUUCGGUUGCUCUCAAUCUUCAAUCACCGUCAUACAAAGGAAAUCUACCCGUUAAAAGUUACAAAGUCAUUUGUAAACCAGAUGCAGAGUACAGAUCUUAUGUGAAGGACACUGUUCAAAGUUUUCCACUCAAUACUGUCACAAUCAUUGGACUUCAACCAGCCACCAAGUACACCUGCUGGUAUCAUGCAGAAAAUGCAGCUGGUUCAAGUGGUCCAAGUCCCAGACUAAGACUGGAGACUCCCGAAUCACGGUCUGCGGCGCCCCAAGGCCUCACUGCUGUCUCAACAUCACCAGGUCAUGCAACGAUAAGUUUCAAGCCAAUGCCACCUGCUCUUUCCCAUGGUACUAUAAUUGGCUAUGAGAUUACUUACGAUGCAGUUGGAUGUAGCAAAGUAGAAGAUUGUCAAUGUCAACUCUACAACUGUUCUCUGCACGGAUCUAUUCGAGUUCAUGAAAGUUGGGUCAGUAACUCAAUUUCACUAUCUGGCUUGCGGCAUUUUACAAGGUACCAGAUUACUGCUGCAGCCAUUAAUGGAGUGGGUCUUGGUGUUAAAGCAAGGAGGUGGCUCGUAACUCAGAAGCUAGCCCCAGGACCAGUAAGGAAUUUGACAGCCAUACCCAUAUCAAGCUCUGUACUACAGGCAAGAUGGCAAGCACCAGAAACAACUUACGGUGGUAAUCUAUACUACGUAAUUCAGUAUAGUGUUCUCAGAGGAGAUACUGAGGAGAGAGUGAGCAACGAUAUCAACAUUGCAAUGCCACAAUACACCAUAACUGGACUAAAGGAGAGAAGAAGUGUUUUGAUCACGGUGUUUGCUGUCAACUCAGUUGGUCCUGGACAUCGUGUCACUGUAGGCACUAUAACAGCUGCAGCCAGAGUACAACCUGAUGUCACUGAUAAACCAACAAGAUAUCAACCAAUACCUCCUGCUUUUUGCAAGUUACCCAGUAAACUAGGGUGGAUUAUGGCUGUUGCAAGUACAUUCACCCCAGAAAUUAUCAACCUGAUUAAACUGAACUUCUCAGCAAACACUUCACUUAACUUGACAUGCAGAGAAGGCCUGUAUGUCUCCGGUAACUGGUCACAACGCCAUCAACUGAUCACAUGCCAGAAAAGUGGAAUGUGGACAAAGGAAAUCUCCGCUUGCUCAGCACCAGUGGACACUGCUGUUGGCCAUGGUUAUAGUCAAUGCAGCUCCGACAUUUCAGUUGCAGUAUCUAUCGUAAGAGGUAUUUUAUUCGCCGCCAGUGUUGCCCUGAACCUCAUCUUCUUUUUCAAGGUCUACAAUAAGCAAUACAUCAACGAUAAAAGAAUUUCAAUGCAACGCAGAUUGUUAAUAGCAACUGCAUAG